AUUAAAUUAACCUCACUUUAUACAAAUGUGCUCAUGUGAAUCUGGAAUAAAUAAAUUAAUAAAAUAUGCCUGUAUAUCACGAUGAAAUAGAAAUUGAAGAUUUCGAAUUCGACGAAGAAGACAAUACUUACUAUUACCCAUGUCCUUGUGGAGAUAGUUUUCAAGUUACUAAGGAAGAAUUACAAUCAGGUGUGGAAAUCGCCACUUGCCCCAGCUGUUCCUUGGUUAUCAAAAUAAUCUACGACAUUGACAACUUCAAAAAAGAAUUAGAAGAAGAAAUUGAACCUUCUAGAAAUACUUCAAAGACCAUUGAAUCAAAUUAGCACCGAAUGAAAAUAUUUAUUUUUUUACUUAUAUAAUAUAUUUUUAUAAAUUUUGAAGAAUUAUGGCAGGCCGAGGUAGAGGUAGAGGUAGGGGUGGCCCUGGUAGCAGCA